UAAACAAACGUACCAACAAAACACAAGAGCACUUCCAUUCGACGAGCACUCACAGUCGUAGAGCCAUGGCCAAGCCACCCACAGACGCCUCCGGCUUGGGCUAUGCCUAUCAUCUGCCAUCCGGCGGCCUUUUGCUGCGCCUCAAGAACUCCCUGUCGCAGUUCAGCGAUCUGUUCAGUGAGUUCAACAAAUACAUUUCACCUGCCUUCUUUCACGACCGCUGCGAGCGAUCCGUCCAUAUGCGCAUGUACUCCAUGCACAAGCGGGAGUUCGUCAUGGUCUUUCUCGGCUUCUUCACCUGCUUCGGCUUGGGCAUCAUCAUUGGACUGACCGGCCCGCCAAUAACAACAACAGACGCACUCACCGCACAGCAGAUACUGGCCAACACGACGCUGGCCAAGAGUAAAACGGUGCUGGCCACUGGGCCCUUUGCCAUGAAAUCGCCUCUGAUGACAACCUAUUCGCAGCAGAUGUGGCUCAUAGCCAAACUGGUCACCGAUAACAACGAUGAUGAGCGCUACGACAAGAGCUUUCAGAUCAGCGUCUCCAUCGAUGGCAUCAACGAGCAGCACAAGCCACUCAGCGUCCUGGGCACUAGCACCGCCCACAACCGCACGAGGCACUUGCUCUGUGUGCGCAACGACUGCGAGGAGUUCACCGUCAUGCAUCUGGGCUUUCUCGACUAUGCCCACUACAUCAUCACGGUACGGUUUUUUGGACUCGAGUCGUUCCAUCAGAAGUACAACAUCAGGGCCAUUACCUUCUAUUUCAAGACGUAUAGCCCGGAGUUUACGCAGAUUGAGAUUUGGUUUAGAUUCAUCUUUCUGCUCUUCACGUUCAUAGUCAUCUGCUGGUAUGCGCACACCCUGCGCAAGUAUCCCGUCUAUGACUGGUCCAUUGAGCAGAAAUGGAUAUCCGUGCUGCUGCCGCUGCUGCUGCUCUACGAUAAUCCACUGUUUCCGCUGAUAUUUUUGAUGAAUUCCUGGCUGCCUGGCAUGCUGGACGCCGUUCUGCAGGCAACAUUCCUCUGCGCCCUGCUCAUGUUCUGGCUGUGCAUCUACCACGGUCUGCGACAGAACGAGCGGCGCUUCGUUAGCUUCUACCUGGUCAAGAUCAUCGUGGUGCUGCCCAUUUGGCUGUGCGCCAUUGUCCUGGCCACCUGGGAGAAGUGCAAUGAACUGCGUGAUCCCACAUACAGCCACUUCGUAGACACCAAGAACUAUAAUGGCCUUAAGAUGUUCUUCUACAUUGCCUGCUGCAUGUAUGUGCUGUAUCUGGGCGUGCUCCUGCUGCGAGCCUAUACCGAACUGCGCUCCAUGCCCUACUUUGAUAUUCGGUUAAAGUUUCUCACGCUGCUGAUGCUCUUUGUGCUGUCCAUCUCCAUAACGGUGACCACCUGUCGCUUCGGCUUUGGUAUACUGGAGGACAACUUUGUGGCCUCGCUGAACACCACCUAUCGGAGUUCGGCGCAGUUCAUGUGCUUUUAUGGACUGCUGAACUUCUACCUGUACACCAUGGCGUAUGUGUAUUCGCCCGAUGGCCGCUUCGCCCAGGCGGAAUUGGCUGUGACCAAAGAUAAUCCAGCCAUUUCCAUGAUUGACGAUUCAGAUGAGGAUGUCGUCUACGGCUCCGACGAGGAGUCCCGUCGGCCACUCACCUCCGUUGGCGGUGCGGGCAAAAAUGACUACGACAGCGAUUAACAUUGCUCGAUCAGUCGCAUCACAUUUUAAACCCUAAUUAAUGUUCCAUAAUAUGCGAUCCAGACAGCGCAACAUUAUUGUAUAAAUGACUUAUUCUACCGAUUGCAGCGUUAACAAUUCCCUUAACUAAAGAUGAAGUAAACUUAAUUGGUAAUUAUUUAAAUGUUUUUUAUAAUAUACGAGUAUGUACCAUAUGUAUGUCAUGUUUCAAAUCCCGAUCCUGGUUGUACAUGCAUUAAUGUAAACAAUAUAUCUCCAAAGAGUAGAUGUUUUAACCACGUUGCAGAUUCUUUAAAUUGAGUAC